CCCCGCGGUCCGGGCCGCUCCCUGGAGCUCGGCGGAGCGCGGCUGCCCGGGCGGCCCGAGGCGCGAGGACCCGGACGCUGCCGCUGCCGCCGCCGCCGCCGCCGCCGCCGCGGGUUUCGCCUCGGGUUUCGCCUCGGGCGCCGCGGGGGCCAUGACCGUGGAGCAGAAUGUGCUGCAGCAGAGCGCGGCGCAGAAGCACCAGCAGACAUUUCUGAAUCAACUAAGAGAAAUUACUGGGAUUAAUGAUACCCAAAUACUGCAACAAGCCUUGAAGGAUAGUAAUGGAAACUUGGAAUUAGCUGUGGCUUUCCUUACUGCGAAAAAUGCCAAGACCCCUCAGCAGGAGGAGACAACUUACUACCAAACAGCGCUUCCUGGCAAUGAUAGAUACAUCAGUGUGGGAAGCCAAGCAGACACAAAUGUGAUUGAUCUCACUGGAGAUGAUAAAGAUGAUCUUCAGAGAGCUAUUGCCUUGAGUUUGGCGGAAUCAAAUAGGACGUUCAGGGAGACUGGAAUAACUGAUGAGGAGCAAGCCAUUAGCAGAGUUCUUGAAGCCAGCAUAGCAGAAAAUAAAGCAUGUUUGAAGAGGACACCUAUGGAAGUUUGGAGGGAUUCUCGAAAUCCCUAUGAUAGAAAAAGACAGGACAAAGCUCCCGUGGGACUAAAGAAUGUAGGAAACACUUGCUGGUUUAGUGCUGUUAUUCAGUCAUUAUUCAAUCUUUUGGAAUUUAGAAGAUUAGUCCUGAAUUACAAGCCUCCAUCAAAUGCUCAAGAUUUACCUCGAAACCAAAAGGAGCAUCGGAAUUUGCCGUUUAUGCGUGAGCUGCGGUAUCUAUUUGCACUACUUGUUGGCACUAAAAGGAAAUAUGUUGAUCCAUCAAGAGCAGUUGAAAUUCUUAAGGAUGCUUUUAAAUCAAACGAUUCCCAGCAGCAAGAUGUAAGUGAGUUUACACAUAAAUUACUAGAUUGGUUAGAAGAUGCCUUCCAAAUGAAAACUGAUGAGGAGACGGAUGAAGAGAAGCCAAAGAACCCCAUGGUAGAAUUGUUUUAUGGAAGAUUCCUAGCUGUGGGAGUGCUUGAAGGUAAAAAAUUUGAAAAUACUGAAAUGUUUGGUCAGUACCCUCUUCAGGUCAAUGGAUUCAAAGAUCUACAUGAGUGCCUAGAAGCUGCUAUGAUUGAAGGAGAAAUUGAAUCUUUACAUUCAGAGAAUUCAGGAAAAUCAGGCCAGGAGCAUUGGUUUACUGAGCUGCCACCUGUAUUAACAUUUGAAUUAUCAAGAUUUGAAUUUAAUCAGGCACUGGGAAGACCAGAAAAGAUUCACAACAAAUUAGAAUUUCCCCAAGUUUUAUACCUGGACAGAUACAUGCACAGAAACAGAGAAAUUACAAGAAUUAAAAGGGAAGAGAUCAAGAGACUUAAAGAUUACCUCACAGUAUUACAGCAAAGACUCGAAAGAUAUUUAAGCUAUGGUUCGGGUCCUAAACGAUUCCCCUUAGUAGAUGUUCUGCAGUAUGCUUUGGAAUUUGCCUCCAGUAAGCCUGUUUGCACUUCUCCUGUUGAUGAUAUUGAUGCUAGUUCCCCACCUAGUGGCUCCAUACCAUCACAGACUUUACUAAGCACAACAGAACCACAGGGAGCUACUGCCCCAGAGCUGCCAAGCACAUCCCCUAUGCCUGUGACUGCUGUGUCCUCAAGAUCAGUGAUUCACAAACCCUUCACUCAGUCUCGGAUUCCUCCAGAUUUGCCCAUGCACCCAGCACCAAGACACAUAACGGAAGAAGAACUGUCUGUGCUAGAAAGCUGUUUACAUCGCUGGCGGACAGAAAUAGAAAAUGACACCAGAGAUUUGCAAGAAAGCAUAUCCAGAAUCCAUCGAACAAUUGAACUUAUGUACUCUGACAAAUCUAUGAUACAGGUUCCAUAUCGCUUGCAUGCUGUUUUAGUUCAUGAAGGCCAAGCUAAUGCUGGCCACUACUGGGCUUAUAUUUUUGACCAUCAUGAAAAUAGGUGGAUGAAGUACAAUGAUAUUUCUGUGACAAAAUCAUCAUGGGAAGAACUAGUGAGGGACUCUUUUGGUGGUUAUCGGAAUGCCAGUGCAUACUGCUUAAUGUACAUAAAUGAUAAGGCACAAUUAUUAAUACAAGAGGAGUUUAAUAAAGAAACUGGGCAGGCCAUUGUUGGAAUAGAAACAUUACCACCAGAUUUAAGAGAUUUUGUUGAAGAAGACAAUAAGAGAUUUGAAAAAGAACUAGAAGAAUGGGAUGCACAACUUGCCCAGAGAACCUUGCAGGAAAAACUUUUGGCAUCUCAGAAAUUGAGAGAAUCGGAAUCUUCUGUAACAGCACAAGCAGGAGAACAAGAAUAUCUAGAGCAGCCAUCAAGAAGUGAUUUCUCAAAGCAGUUGAAAGAAGAGACUAUCCGGGUAAUUACCAAGGCAUCCCAUGAGCAUGAAGAUAAAAGUCCUGAAACAGUUUUACAGUCGAAACCUGAAAAUGCCACAAGCCAACCACCUUCUAACCAGCACGUUGUGGAGGUGGCGAUUCCUCAUGUAGGGAAACUUAUAAUUGAGUCAAAGGAGGGGGGUUAUGAUGACGAGAUCAUGAUGACACCGAACAUGCAAGGUAUUAUCAUGGCGAUAGGUAAAUCCAGGAAUGUAUAUGACAGGUGUGGCCCUGAAGCAGGGUUCUUUAAGGCAAUUAAGAUGGAGUAUUCAAGGUUGGUUAAAUUGGCCCAAGAAGAUACCCCACCAGAAACAGAUUAUCGUUUACAUCAUGUAGUGGUCUACUUUAUCCAGAACCAGGCACCAAAGAAAAUAAUUGAGAAAACAUUGCUAGAACAAUUUGCAGAUAGAAAUUUGAGUUUUGAUGAAAGGUGUCACAACAUAAUGAAAGUUGCACAAGCCAAACUUGAAAUGAUCAAACCUGAAGAAGUAAACUCGGAGGAAUAUGAGGAAUGGCAUCAGGAUUAUAGAAAAUUCAGGGACACAACCAUGUAUCUUAUACAUGGGCUAGAACAUUUUCAAAGAGAAAGUUACAUAGAUUCCUUGGUGUUCCUUAUCUAUGCUUAUCAGAGUAACAAAGAACUCUUGUCCAAGGGCCUAUACAGAGGACAUGAUGAAGAGUUGAUAUCACAUUAUAGAAGAGAAUGUUUACUAAAAUUAAAUGAUCAAGCUGCAGAACAGUUUGAAUCUGGAGAGGAUCAAGAAGUAACGAAUGGUCUGAUUAUCAUGAAUGAGUUUAUUGUACCAUUUUUGCCAUUGUUAUUGAUGGAUGAAAUGGAAGAGAAAGAUAUACUUGCUGUAGAAGAUAUGAGAAAUCGGUGGUGUUCUUACUUGGGACAAGAAAUGGAAGCUCAUCUCCAAGAAAAGUUGACAGAUUUUCUGCCAAAACUUCUUGAUUGUUCUACGGAGAUUAAAGGUUUCCACGAGCCGCCCAAGUUACCUUCUUAUUCCACACAUGAACUUUGUGAGAGAUAUGCUCGAAUCAUGUUGUCCCUCAGUCGAACUCCUGCUGAUGGAAGAUAAAUUGCACACACUUUACCUAAACACACUGUAUAAACCUUUUUUAGUUCUUAACCCUUGCCUUCCUGUCACAGGGUUUGCUUGUUGCUGCUAUAGUUUUUAACUUUUUUUAAUUUUAAUAACUGCAAAAGACAAAGUGACUAUACAGACUUUAGCCAGACUGCAAACAAUAAAGCUGAGAAUCGCAUGGCUCUCAGACUUUGUUUUAACCACCACUGAUGUAUAACUAAAGAUAGGAUUGAUUUCGUUUGGCAAAGCCAUGCUUUGGCCAUCCUUCUGUUACAGUAUUACUUUGCUUUUUUCUCAUUAUCUAUAGCUUUCCAUUCAGUCUGGAAUCUUCCAUGACUACAGCCAUUUAAGUGUUCAGCACUGUGUAUGAUACAUAAUAUUUGGUAGCUUGUAAAUGAAAUUAAAGAAUAAAGUUUUAUUUAUGGCUACCUAUGUGUUUGUAAGCAGGUAUAUUGUAUAUUAGUAUAUUAGUUAUAAUGUAUGAAAAUAUUUGUGGAUUGUUCAUGCUGGGUGAUGAAUAGAUUAAUACUUUUAGUUUUGCUAUAAUUUUAGCAUCUUAGACAUUUGAUACAUACUUGACACUUAAAUAUAUAUAUAUAUAUUAUUUUUUUUUUCCACUAAGUUGUUAAACUUAGUAUGGCACCUAAACCUAUUGUGAAUUCAAAUCGGGUUUUCACUAAAGAAAGUGGAUGCUAAGUCAAAUCACACUGAAACUUUUAACCUUUCCUUAGAUUAAACUUUUAUUUUUUUAUGUAUUUGCAAAUAAUAUAGCAAGGCAAUUACUUUGAGAGAUACCAGAAAAAAGUACUUGAAAAAGGGCUAUUUAAUAAUUAAACUUAUAAGAAAUAUGUGUGUACAUAUACAAACAUGCAUACAUACACAUGCACAUAUUGUUCAUAAUUGAGUAUGGUGUUUUGCAUUAUAUAUUCAUUAUAUUUUUGUAAAUUGUAUACUACUUUCAUUGAAAAUGUUCUCUACUAAUCAAUGCUGUGAAAUUAAGUUAAUAUUGUUGAACUAUAAAUUACAGUAUCUUACCUGCUUUUAUUUACCUCCUUUUCAAAAAGGAAAAGCUGUAGAAUAUUUUUUAGAUGGAACUGCUGUUUAAAAUUAAUGAAGUAAUAUUGUGAAUGAAAAAAAUCAAUGCUUUAAAGGUAAUCAUGUUACCAGCAACCUAUUUUUUGAAUUUAUAAAUUUCUUUAUAAACUAUACUUUGAUAGCUUAGUAAAAUAUAUCAUUUUA